GCUCUCACAAACAACGAUUACUUGUAAAAAAGAAAAGUGGCAAAUCAGGAAGGUUUCUUUGUUUUAUCAGAGCAACACAAAUUGGUAAUCAGAGCUACAAAACACUGUAGACAAUGAUUGCGCUUAUCAUUGGAGCUUGAUGCAGGUGGCAGUUAAAUUGUGAUUUAAAGAGCUAGUGAGAAAGUAGCCGACGGUCAAUUCAAUCGUAGCGAUGUAUAGUAUGAAAUUGUGCACCGUAGCUCUUGUAAGUUUGGUUAUAGGAAACAUAUCAGCUUCCAAUGUUCACGGGAGCACGAGUAGUACGUUAAGGAUGAGAAUAGAACCUCAAGCACUUACGACCAGCCUAGCACAAACUGCAAAGUUUGCACUUCUUGUGCAUGGAUGCAGUGAAGAUGAACAUAACCUCACAAUAACAUGGGAUGUGGAAGACGUGAUCGAAGUUAGUCCUUCCUCCAUCACGGUAACCGGAUGUAACGAUAAAAACAUAAGCGUGGAAGUUUCAGCCUCGCAGCAGGGACGCUUUAUCAUUCGUCCCAUAAUCAUCUCGAGUGCUCCAUUCACCGACAAUGGCCGUCUGUUUGUGCAGCUAAAGGUAGCCAAAUAUCGCCCGCUGAUAAUAAUAUCGAUGCUCAUUGGAUGGACGUACACCGUGUGCUGGACGAUAGGAGAUUAUUUUCAAGCUUGGACCAGCUACAGGCGCAAAAGUGUUGUUGGGUUGAGCUUCGACUUCCUAUAUCUCAACAUUGUGGGCAAUUGCUGCUAUGCAACGUUCAAUGUGGUUCUGUUCGCGAGUGAAUAUAUUGAGGAAGAGUAUUUCAGACGUCAUCCGUUCGGACUAAAUCCUGUAGUGGCCAAUGACGUGGGAUACGCAGUGCAUGCCGUUUUUGGCAAUCUCGUCCUUAUUACCCAAUGUUACAUCUACCAAAGUGGUGGAAAUGUUGUCUCAACCGCUGUGAAGUUGCUCAUUUCCGGCUACGUUGUGAUGGUGAGCGUGUUCUUUACAUUGACGAUCCAGCACCAGAUGCACUGGCUGGACUUCCUGUACAUACUAAGCUACGUGAAGCUGUCUACAAACUUGAUCAAAUACAUUCCCCAAGUGCUCAUGAACUACCAACGUAAGAGCACGGAAGGUUUCGCUAUCUCCAACCGCUUGCUUCACAUGGCCGGUGGGCUGCUGAGCUUGAUGCAGAUGGUACUUAACGGUUGGAAUUAUGACGACUGGCAAUCCAUCGUUGGAGCUCCGGAGGAAUAUUACCGAAGACAUCCAUUUGGUUUGAAUCCGGUAAUCGGGAAUGAUAUUGGAUUUGCGGUACACGCCGUAUUUGGUACCGGGUUUACUAUUUUUCAGUGCUGCAUAUACGAAACAGGAGGUAACAGUGUCUCGAAACCGGCGAAAUCAAUCAUUGCGAUCUACCUGUUGAUCAUCAUUGCCACAAUGAGCUGCGCCAUGUUGGGUGUAAUGCAUUGGUUAGAUUUCUUGUACGGUCUAAGCUACAUCAAGCUGUCCACAACUAUGAUCAAGUACUUUCCGCAAGCGUACAUGAAUUACCGCCGCCAAAGCACGGAAGGGUUUGAAAUCAUGAACCGGCUGUUGGAUUUAGCUGGGGGGCUCUUUAGCAUACUUCAGAUGGUAAUUAAUGCUUGGAACUUUGACGAUUGGAGAUCCAUCGGUGGAGAUCCAGUCAAGUUUGGCUUGGGAGUAUUCUCGAUUCUAUUCGAUCUUGUGUUUAUGUUUCAACAUUAUAUUCUGUACAGGAAAAAGAAUAUCCAAACAGUGGAGGUGGAGUUUCCGAUGCUACCCAAGUAGGUGUGAAUAGUUUACAUUUGAAAAUAAAUUUUCUCAGUUCCAGUA